CUCGCGAGGUGUUUCAGACGAAACUCGGCUGAGGUACAGAGGAUGUUACUCAUGCCGGCCGGACUGGAUGAAACACUCCGCAAACGCUCAAACUUCAGCCUGUGUCGCCAUACAUCGAUACCAGACAGCAACAGCGAGCGGGCCGUUUACAUGCGGUGAUGGAGGUGAAAGGCUGCAGGUCAGAGGUGGAAGUGUUCAGGGGGUCGCCGGUCGAGACCGUGUCCAGAAGAGAUUCCGCUUCCCUUCAGACGUCCUCUCCUCGAUCCAUCCCUCUCACCGGCAGGACCGCUCACAGCAUUCCGACUAAAAGGGAGUUUCGAGCUUCAUCCGCUCCUCUGAUUCCCAAUCCGUUUCCGGAGCUCUGCAGCCCGACUCACUCCCCGGUGCUGACCGGCUCUCUCGGCGGCAGGGAUCUCCCCUCCAACAGCAGCACACACGUGCUGCGGGUUUUUGGGGACGCCACGCACAGCCGGUCGCUUUUGGUGACGUCUGGGACGACGGCGCACGAUGUCUGUAACCUGUUGGCGCAGAAAGCACACUGUACGGACGAGGAAAGCUGGGCCCUCAUUGAACACAAUUCAUCUUUAGGCCUGGAGCGCUGUCUGGAAGACCACGAGCUUGUUCUGCAGGUUCAGUCGUCUUGGCCUGUAGAGAGCGACACGAAGCUGAUCUUUCGCAAAAACUACGCCAAGUAUGAGUUCUUCAAAAAACCUGUGUUAUUUUUCCCGGAGCACAUGAUCUCUGACAGCGCUGAUGUCACUAAAGGCACGACAUCAUCAGAGCUGGUGCAGAAUAUGGUGAAGAGUGGCUCCUGUCCAGAGAUUCAAGGCUUCCUUCAUGUGAGAGAGGGCGGGAAAAAGUCCUGGAAGAAACUCUACUUUGUUUUGCGACGCUCUGGAUUGUAUUUCUCUAACAAAGGACAGUCAAAGGAGCCUCGACACCUGCAGUUCAUUGGAGAUCUGGAAGACCUGAAUGUGUUCACAGUAUUCAAUGGCCGUAAACAAUACGGGGCUCCAGGAGAGCAUGUCUUCUGCAUUAAGGCCUCAAAAGACAGGUUUCGCUGUCAGGAUUUGAAGCUGAUGUGUGCUGACAGUGAGCAGAGUCGUACGUGCUGGAUCACAGCCUUCAGAUUGUUUAAGCACGGGAAACAGCUCCAGUGUAAUUACCAGCUCUCUCAGUCCAGCGCCAGACUUCACAAACCAUCACGACCAGACUCCAAGUGUACAGACCGGGAGGAGUCGAUGGUGGCCAUGGAUUUUUCAGGGAAGAGCGGCGGUCGAGUGAUUCAGAAUCCACACGAGGCCCAGAACGCAGAGCGAGAGGAAGGACACAACUGGCGGAAGCGGGAAGCGUUACGUCACAGUUUACCCAGCGGCGGUCACAGCUCGCAGCUGUCCGCGGUUCAUCGGGUUCAGCCGUGGUUUCAUGGGGGCGUGUCUCGAACUGAAGCUCAAAGGCUAUUGGAGGAGCAGGGUCAGGUGGACGGGAUGUUUCUGAUUCGUGACAGUCAGCUUCACGCGCAGUGCUUUGUGCUGUCCCUGUGCUACAAACUGAAGACCAAACACUACCUCGUCAUUCCCCUAGAGGAAGGAGAUAAACAGUACUACACGAUGGACGACGGCGUCACGCUCUUCACAGACCUGCUGCAGCUGGUGGAGUUUCACCAGAUCAACCGCGGCAUCUUACCCGUGUGUCUCAAACACCCCUGCACUUGCAUUGCACUCUAAACCUUCACCUUUGACCUCUUCCUCAGGACCUCAGGGACCCAGGGCCAGUCUAAGGACCGCAACAUUUUUUCGCAGUGGAUGUCAGGACAUUCACAGUCCGAAAAAGACUAUAUUUCUGUACAUAGUGAUUAUUUAUAUUUUAUAUAGCACACUUCAGAGCUCUUUGAUGCUUGUUUUUUUUGUUUGCACAAACUUCCUGCUAUUGCUUCCUUCAACACUGGGUGGUGCUCUGGUGCUUUGAAUGCUUUACUGUGCAGGAUUUCUUCAUUCAUGCAAUAGUCAUGCAGGGAUACUUUAAUGCAUAUCUGAAGUUGCAGGAGGAGGCGAUUUCAAUGUAGCAGAUUUAUUCAUAAUAUUAUUAAUAAUAGUUAUUUUUGUAUUUUACACUGUCUAAUUUAUGGGUGUUUUUUUCAUAAUACUGAUGUUUAAGGUAAUUGACUCCAGUUUACAUUUGCUUUGUUUUAUAUUUUUAGUUUUAUCGUUGUUCAGUACUUGUUCUGGCUAACAGUAGUGCUUGGUUAUGUGUAUAUGGUUUAAUUCUUACAGAAACUUCAAGUUGAAGUUGUUGAGUAAGUGGAGUGUUCGUUUUGUUUUACAAGUGUGUGUGUGUGUGUGUGAGAGAGAGAGAGAGAAAGAGAGACUCUCAGAAGGACUAUUUCUGAAUACAGACCGUCAAGAUUGUGUGUGUGUGUGUGUGUGUGUGUGUGUGUGUGCGCGCAUGCGUUUGUUUCUUGUAUGCUUCAGUUAACUUGACAUCACAGUACAUCAGUUGUCAGGUCUCCACUGUGUUGUUGCCAUGGAGAUUAUUCCUUUAAUAUUCAGGGGAGGUCAUCAGUCCAGGCAGUAGUAUAUACUGUAGGCUGUAUACGCUGUGACCGAUUUGCAUGACUCACUUUGAACUUGAUUAUUGAAUGAGAUGCUAAUUUAUUCAAAUGUAAGUGAGGUGAUCGCCUCGCCGUAGCUCUUGAUAAAUCAUACAUUAAUCCUGUAUUAUAAGGGUAAAUAAAGGAGACGGUGAUCGGUG